AUCGUGGUUAACUGUGCCACCCUGGUUAAACAUGAGACCGAGCUAACACCCCUGGCCGUUGUGUCCGAACCUGGGGUUAAACCAGAGACCAAACUUUGUGGUGGUUUUGGCGGUUUUGGAGGAUUAGGAGGUUUGGGUGGUUUCCGUGGUGUCGGUCUAUUUCCCGGACGUUUUGGCUUACAGGACAGGCCAUUGGUUGGCCUAUUGGCACAGGAGUAUUGGCACACGGGUUCAGUCAAUCAGUCAUAUAUAGCGGCCAGUUAUGUGAAAUACUUGGAGAGUGCCGGCGCUCGAGUGGUUCCGGUUAUGAUCAACGAAACGGACGAUUAUUACAAACAGAUUAUUGCGAAGACAAACGGCCUGUUAAUACCGGGCGGCGGACAGGACUUGCAUACGAGUGGCUUUGCAAAUGCUGGCGCAUUGUUAUUGAAAUACGCCCAUGCUAAUGCCACACGCAGGUAUCCCAUAUGGACUACUUGUUUGGGUUUUGAGCUAGUGUCGCUGUUAAUGUCCAAAAUACCCGAGAUGGGCUCAUGUGAUACUAAUGAUAUUGCCCUUACACUUAAUAUGACUACGGACUUUAAGACGAGCAGGAUGUUUGCCAAUGCCGAUCCCUCUAUUAUCGAGAUACUACAAAAGGAGCCCGCAACAUACAACCAUCACAUAAAAUGCCUGACAAUGGACCAAUACAAUUCAUCACCCGAGCUGAAAUCUGAAUUUAAAAUACUGUCAACAAAUACCGACCCAAAAGGUGUGGAGUUUGUGUCCACGUGGGAGUCCCUGAGCCCCGAGCGACCCAUAUAUGGUGUUCAAUGGCAUCCCGAGAAAAAUUCCUACGAGUUUGACGCACAUAAAGGCAUACCCCAUACGGCAAACGCGGUACGUGUCGGUCAGUAUUUGGCAGACUUUUUUGUUAAUGAAUGCCGUAAAGUGUGGACACCAGCAAUAAGCCAGAAAGAUGAAAUGAACAUGCUUAUUUACAAUUAUCAACCCCAGUAUACUGCUAGCAAAACUGGUAAACCCUACACUUAUGAACAGAUAUACGUGUUUAACGUAACACAACAU